GCCGAGGCAAAGCGGCUGGUUCGCCUCGCCGGGCCGAUGAUCACCAGCUGCUUGCUGCAGAACAUCAUCAACAUAAUGUCCCUCAUGUUCGUCGGCCACCUCGGCGAGCUUCCCCUCGCCGGCGCCUCCCUCGCCAACUCCGUCGCCAGCGUCACCGGCUUCAGUAUCAUCAUCGGCAUGGCGACUGCGCUGGACACGCUGUGCGGGCAGGCGUACGGCGCGCGGCAGCACCACCUGCUCGGCGUCUACAAGCAGCGCGCCAUGGUGGUGCUCGGGCUCACCUGCGUCCCCAUCGCCGUCGUCUGGGCGCACACCGGCCGGAUCCUGGUGCUCCUCGGCCAGGACCCGCGCAUCGCCGCCGAGGCCGGCGCCUACGCGCGGUGGCUCAUCCCGUCGCUUGCCGUGAGCGUGCCGCUGCAGUGCCACGUCCGGUUCCUGCAGGCGCAGAGCCUCGUCCUGCCCGUGACGGCCAGCUCGGCCGCCGCGGCACUCUGCCACCUCGCCGUGUGCUGGGCGCUCGUGUUCAAGGCCGGCAUGGGUGCCAAAGGAGCCGCGCUCAGCAACGCCAUCUCGUACGCCGUGAACCUGGUGAUGCUGUCCCUGUACGUCAGGCUGUCGAGCUCCUGCAGGGACACGUGGAACGGGUUCUCCAUGGAGGGGUUUAAGGAUCUGCGCAAAUUCGCCGAUCUCGUCGUGCCCUCUGCGAUGAUGAUCUGCUUGGAGUGGUGGGCUUUCGAAACACUUGUGCUGCUGUCUGGUCUUCUGCCCAACCCUCAGCUGGAGACUUCAGUGCUGUCAAUUUGCCUUAACACUGGGAUUCUUCUCUUCAUGAUACCAUCGGGGCUUGGUUAUUCUGUGAGCACGCGCGUUUCCAACGAACUUGGUGCCGGACAGCCUCAGGCAGCAAAGUUGGCAACGAGGGUAGUCGUGUGCAUCGCCUUGUUCCUAGGCUUCGUCCUGACCUUGGGCAUGACCCUGCUACGCCACGUUUGGGGGUACAUGUACAGCAACGAGCCGGAGGUCGUGGCAUACAUUGCCAAGAUGCUGCCGGUUCUUGGGAUAUCUUUCUUCAUAGAUGGCCUUCACGGAUCUCUCUCAGGCGUGCUCACGGGCUGCGGCAAGCAAAAGAUCGGCGCCACGGUGAACCUCGGCGCGUUCUACUUGGCAGGCAUCCCUAUGGCGGUGCUGCUUGCGUUUGUCUUCCAUCUCAAUGGAAUGGGCCUUUGGCUCGGCAUCGUCUGCGGCAGCCUCAUCAAAGUGCUCUUGUUUGCAUCUGUCACAUGGACCAUAGACUGGAGCAUGGAAGCUACCAAGGCAAAGGACAGGGUAUUCGGCUCAUCUCUGCCAGUAGCAUGAAAUUUGAAGCAUCACAUGGUACAAGUUUCAACUAACUGUUAGGAUGCUAUGUGUCUUCUGCUGAUCUGUUCGGCAGAUCUUCUGCUGAUUUGUACGGCAGAUUUAUUGUGAGAGAAAAAUGCUGCGUGCUGAUUGAUACGGCAGAUUUGUUGUGAGAGAAAAAUACUGCAGAAGAAGCCAAAAUAAGGCAAGCCGGACGGAUUAGCCUCGUCUAGACGUCUACUGCAGACUCACUCUACCGACCAAGCUAACAGUAAGUUGUUCUCCGUAGAUGUUAUUGGAUUUUUUUCUAAAAAAAUAUGUUAUUGGAAUAUUUAAGAAACCAAAGAACGCAGACUAGAGUAAAUUUUUUUUUCCGAGCAGA